GGGCCGGGCGGGGCCGGGCGGGGCGAGCCGGGCGCUACCUGCCCCCUCCCCGGCGCUCCCCGGCUGCUCUCUCCACCCACCCGCGGCUACUAGCGCGCCCCUCGCCGGGCCGCCUCCAUUUCCCUUGACGGCCGCAGGAGGUGACCCCGUCCCGGGCGCGGCGCGCAGACGGCGGCCAUGUCGCGGGGCAGCGCGGCGGCGGCGCGGCUGCUGGUGCUGUUGAUCUGUCUCAGUUGUGGAAAUGGACUCCAUUGGAAGGUUUACAAUCGAAGUGUCAGGAAUGGCACAUUAACUCAUCCCAACAGCCUUGUCAGACAGAAGCGAGAAUGGACAGUCCCUCCUGCUUUCAUACGGGAAGAGGAAGACAAUUCCUAUAGGAAUCCAAUUGCUAGAAUACAUUCUGAUUUUGAAGACACAGGGAUAGUGGUAACUUAUACUAUAUCUGGUCAAGGAGUUACAGAACCCCCUUAUGGACUGUUUGUUAUCAAUGGAAAGACGGGAGAUUUGAACAUCACAGGAAGGGUUGACAGAGAAAAGACUCCAGUGUUAUUUUUGCGAGGUCAUGCUCUAGAUAAGACUGGAGCAAAACUGGAAGAGCCAAUAGACCUCCCAGUUAGAGUUCUAGAUAUAAAUGACAAUCCUCCAGUGUUUUCACAUGAAGUUUUUGUUGGAUCAAUUGAAGAAUUAAGUGAAACAGGUACAAUUGUAAUGAGGUUAAAUGCAACGGAUGCAGAUGAACCAAAUAACCUGAAUUCCAAAAUUGCUUUCAAGAUCAUAUCCCAAAGCCCUAGUUCUGCAUUCAGUAUGAAUAAAGAUACUGGCGAGGUUCAAGUAGCAUCAAUAAACCUUGACAGAGAGACACAAAGUAGCUACUCUUUGGUGGUGGAAGGGAAGGACCGUGGUGGUGCAGCAGAUGGGAAUAGUGCAACAUGUUCUUUAGAAAUCAAGAUUUUGGAUGUCAAUGACAACCUUCCUGUGCUUGAAAGUUCUGCAUUUGAAGGAAGCGUUGAAGAAAACAGAGCAAAUGUGGAAAUUAUGAGAAUAAAAGUAUUUGAUAAAGAUGAAGAGUUUUCUGAUAACUGGUUGGCAAACUUUUCUUUUGUCUCUGGUAACGAAGGCGGCUAUUUUCGUAUAGUAACAGAUGCCACAACAAAUGAAGGAAUUUUGACUCUUGUGAAGGAGCUAAAUUAUGAAGAAAUGAAAAGCCUAAACCUGGGCAUUGUUGUUACAAACAAAGCAGAAUUUCACAAGUCCAUUAAAAGCAGCUAUAAAGCACAAACAAUUCCAAUCAAAAUUAAUGUGAUUGAUGUUCGGGAAGGCCUUGUAUUCCCUGGUGGCACAAAAAUGAUUGAAGCAAGUGAGAGCGUGCGAGUAGGGCAGGUCAUUGGACAGUAUCAAGCCAUUGAUGAAGACACUGGAAAAGCAGCAGUACAGAUUAAAUAUAUCAAAGGAAGAGACCCAGCAAACUGGAUCACAAUAAAUUCAAAUACGGGUGAAAUCCAACUUGCUAAAAACCUCGAUUAUGAAUCACAUUAUGUAGUAAAUGGUACCUACACUUUUACCAUGUUGGGCAUAACUACUGAUCUUCCCACGAAAACAGCCACUGGCACCGUUGUUAUUCAAGUUCAAGAUGAGAAUGAUAACUGCCCAGUUAUUGAGAACCCUGUACGGACUGUGUGUUCAGAUGCAAAUUUUGUUGAUGUUACAGCUAAUGAUAUAGAUAGUUACCCAAACAGUGCUCCCUACAGCUUUUCUGUCAUUGAUGAGCCAGAAGGAACAGCAAGAAAGUGGAUAAUUGCAUCCAAAAAUGCCACCAGUAUACGGUUGGUUUCCCAGAACCUGAAGCCAGGCAAUACUGAAGUCCCCCUGCUAAUACAGGAUUUCCAAGGGUUCCGCUGUGCUCAGCCACAGUCCCUGCAACUGUUUGUUUGUACGUGUACUGCUGACGGCGGAUGCAAAGAUAGAUUUACUGGCACUGGGUCAGUGGGUCUGGGACCAGGAGCGAUUGCACUAAUCAUCUUGGCGUUUUUGCUUCUGCUGCUUAUUCCACUAUUACUGCUGUUGUGUCCGUGCGGCUCAGGAGCAAAGAAGGGAUUUGCUGCUAUACCAGACUGUAGCGAGGAGAUGUUGCGUAAAUGGAACAGUGAAGGAGCAGCUCCUGAGGAGAAGUUAAUGCAAAGUGUCAUGCUACCCACUGCAUUGGGGAACUUGAAAGAACCAGCCGGCGGAGCAGCAGUAACAGCAGCAGCAGCAGCAGCAGCAGCAGCAGCAGGAAUGAGUGCAGAGGAAGCUGCAGCAGCAGGGAGCAGUUCUGCCUCUAACAUAAGAGGGCAGAGCAACACAAUUACCAGGGAAGCAUGGGAAGGGCAAAGACGUCUCCUUUCUGAUGCUGAUUACCAUACCAGAACUACAGCAACUGGAGGGUCUGAAGGCAUGGUACUUGGAGAAGGCAAUGUGGUGGUGACUGGAGGAGGUGUGGCGAUGGGAUCUGCAGGGGCCAUGAAUGAAGAAUUUUUAAGAGACUACUUCACUGACAAAGCUGUUUCUUUUGCGGAAGAAGAUGAAGCUCAAGCUGCAAGGGACUGUCUCCUGGUUUAUUCUCAAGGGGAGUCAGGCUCCCCCCAUGGCUCCAUUGGCUGCUGCAGCUUUAUUGAGGGUGACCUCGACGACCGCUUUCUUGAUGAUUUAGGAGACAAAUUUAAGACUCUGGCAGAAAUAUGCAUAGGCAGACACAUCGACAUGAAAGAUGCUAGCUCCAAGAAUGAAUCCAGUUUUGAUGUUAGUGAGCAAAAGGCUUUCAGCUCCAAACAAGCCUCUACCUCAGGUGGCUACUUCUCAACCACCGCAUCAGCACAGGCAGGAGGUGCUAUAGGAUCGGAGAAAACAUCCUAUUCUGCAGAGGGCCAUACCCACUCAGCUGCCAGCUUUUUAGAUCCUCAGUUUAAGGAGAACAUAGUGGUGACAGAGAGGGUGCUGGCCCCUGCCUCGAGCUUGAGGGGAAUGGUGGAAAUCCCCAGCCUGCCCUCCGGAAACAACAUGGUAGUUACAGAAAGGAUGGUGACAUCAGAGGGCCUUGGGGUAGGAACCAUGGCAGUUCAGGACCCCUCCGACUCAAAGUAUAUUGUGGUGAGGGAGCGGGAGAGAGUGCUUGUGCCCAGCACUGAGCAGAGCUCACUGAGCUUUCCCACCUUGUCUGAAGGGCAGAGCACGGUGGUGAAUGAGAAUGACCUCACAGCCUCAGCAGGGCCUGGUAGAGCUGAACAGGUGCUGAUCACAGACUCCCUGCUGAGCCCUCUGGAGGGGGCACCUCCUGCCAGCUCCACACUGAGCAAGUCCUCCAGAGUCACCAAGUACAGCACAGUGCAGUACAGCCGCUCCUAGUUUUGACAUCUUAACUUCUGCAUGCAGCUUUCUGCAGGCUUUGUAUUCAGACCUGGAUUUUGUAGUGCCUUAAAAAUGAUGCUGAACUUGCAUGUAGUGUCUUCUUCAAUAAGGACUGUGGCCAAGAAGCUAGAAAAAAAAUUGCUAUUAUAAGACAUUGACAAUGUUUUUGAAGUGGAAUGAUGCAAGAUAUGCAUCGUUUGCUAUUGUUGUAACUGUUUUGCUAUCAAUUUGCUAUUUUUAUUAUUUAGUGUAAUAAUAUCAUGUAACUACAAGCAAUUAUGGGAAAGCAGAAGAAUACUAAAAUCUAGUGAAGGAUGUCAAAGCACAGGUUAGGUUUCUGAGCUGCUGUUGAGUCUAUCUGCUGAACCUUCCUCCCUACUCCCUGAAAGGGCAUGGAUCUCACCACAUCUUCUAUCUGUUACCUUGUGGAUCAGAGCAGCUCCCCUAAACUGUAGCUGCACCCCAGUGAAUUAAUCGGAAACCUCCUUCCUGAGAAACCCAAUUUGCCAAAGUCCUCUGGGCAGCAGUGUGUUGAUCUCCUACAGGGUUGUCACAAUUUCAGGUUAUCAGCAUCUGAAUAUUAAGCAGUCAAUACUUCUUCUCUUUAAACCUCUGUACUAAUAUGCAAGUAGCAAAAAGUAGUUUUGUGGGUUUUUUGUUGGUUUUUUUUGCUGUUGUUGUUUUGGUACUUCAGUGUAAAAUUUCCAUUACUUGGCAUAGAUGUAGACUGACAUGGGAAAAUAAGCAUUUGCAUCAUGAAGAUUUUUCACUGUCUCUUAAUUGGUCAUUCGAAUCCAUAGCUUCUGCUAGCAAGGUUUAUGUCCCUUAGGAAUCUGCUGGAUCUGAUUUAUAAGUGCAAUUAAUUCUAUCUGUGACUUCACGGAUGCAAGUAGAAGAAUGAGGCCAUGUGCAUGUUUUUGCAGUUGUGAUGAUUCCAACAUCAGAACUGCUGUGGCCUCUGCAGUGCUGUGUCAUGGCAGCUGUCAUUAGUUCUAACAGGAAAAUAGAAAAACUCCCUGUAAUUUUGCAACACUUGGUGUUACUUUUCUUUCUAUUAAGUCUGUGGUAAAAGAGAGAGUAAUGUAACGUCUGGCACUAUGUAUAUAUGCACAUGUAUUUAUUUGUUUGCAGUUUUAAACAUUUUAAUGUGACUUUUAUAGCAAAAAAAAAAAAAAAAAAAAAAAAAGAACAACCAAAACCUGUCAUACACUACUUACAUUUUAUCAAGGUAGAAAUGUAUUGGAUCAGACAUUAGUACUGUGUGUGUCUCAUAACUGUAAAAUUAGUGAGGUAAUCCAAGGGUAGUGCAAAGCCCAUGGACUGCAGAGCUUUCUGGUUGUCUCCAUCUCUGUUGAGUUUUCACGUCAUUGUAGGUUAUGUUUUCCACUGUAUUUAUUUGAGGGGUGAUGCAGAAGGCAGUUCAAACACAUAAAAAGUACAAACUGUGACUCUGCUCAUCACAGUAUGCAUAAGUGUGUUACAGUGGAGAAGUACUUCAAGCAACUCAAAUGAUGCACUUGCUUGGGCCUGUGGCUUAUUUAUCUCUUAAACUUUAUUUUUAAAAUACACAUCUCUGCUUUUAAGCACGCAAGCAGUUUUAAGUUGUAACCAGUUGUUUUCUCUUGCAGUUAGAGUGAACUUACCUCUGAUUUUUUAAUUGAGCGCUUCUGUAUUUUUAUGCAAUCUUAAAUAAAGAACUCUACCACAAUUUUCUAUUCUUCCUUCACUAUUGGACAGCUACUCGGAUGAAAAUAAGGAUUUUUCCAUUGCAAAUGCAAUGUGUAGGUAUAACUAGGUUUGGGAUUUCCCAAAUAGCCUGAAGGAAUAUCUUAAAGAUACAGAUAUAAUAGAAGUUUCUUUCACGCUAACUAACAGACUGUGAGGGGGGGUUGGGGAAGGGGAACCAAACAUUCAUUCUGCCUGCUGCUUAAAAGCACUGAAUUCUUUAAGUCUACAAGCAAGAUAACAGCAGUCCUACGCAGAUUUACUGGGCUUUUGAGUCAUACUCUUUAAACUGAUUUACACCUCUUGUGCACAUGACAUGGCACAAGAUACUGUCUGUUUUAUAGUUGCUAAAGCUGAGGCCCAGAAGGGGCUGUAACAGGAACAUGAAAAUUCCAGCUUCACAAAGUAUUGCUUAUUUACAACUUCACUUGCUUAGUAAUCAUCACAAAUGUGCUAGUGCUGUAACAAAUCCAUUAGAAUAGAUUCACUAACAGUGACUCCUGUGGCAAGAGAUUACUAGUCAAAAGGAAAAACAAGCUUGUUACUAACAGCUAAUUUUGCAUGUUAUGUUGGGGUUAGGUAGAAGCAUUCUUUAAGAUCUUUUCACUUGUUUAGACUUCUACCUUUCUGUAAGAGAUUCCAGUAUGUAAGGCAGAUGGUACAGAAAGAGUUUAAUGCUGGUGCAUUAAUAUUGAAUAGUGAAGACAAAUAAUACUUAGCACUUACUCAACAUUUCAUCCAAGGAUCUUGAGUGACUUCAUAAAUGAAAUCAAUUUUCUCCAUCAUUAAUUACGGUGACGGUGGAGAGCAGCAGCAUUAUGUCUGCCACAUCUCAUGCCCUUUAAUGGAAAACACACCAAAAAAACCCAACUACUUUCAUCAGCACUUCAGAUCAUAUCAGCAUGUGCAACUGCUGGCACAAUAUCCAUCUGAUUAAAUGUAUUUUUUAAUGGAGCUGUGUUUUGCACAUGGUUGUGGGAAGAAUGCACAGACCCAAAUUAAUGGAAGUGCCUGGUUAGCAUCCAACCAGUAGGUAAGCCUGGGACUGGCCCUAGACACUUAUCUUCUGGCUUCAAAAGGAAAAAUCACGUCUGUAAUUUUCUAUCUAAAAAUAACAGCACGGUUAGGCAAGGGCUGAAAUACCGGAGUGACAGGGACUGAAUCCACACUGCUCUGCAAGAGUUAUGUUUCCUACAAAACCUUAAAGAGUACACCAGGCUUCACGAGCAUGAUCCAGCAUGCUGCAAUGAGGGUGCAGCCCAGCAGCAUUGCCAAGGAGGGCAAAAGGGGUGCUGGUCCCCAGCACCUACAUUUCUGCGUGUGCAUGCUUGAAGUCAGGGUGGGUUUUGGAAGACAGGGUGUUUCCUUCCAGCCUCCAUUGUCUGCUGGUAUUUGACCACUGUCCACCACCAAACACUUAAAGCUUGGUCGGGUUAUCAGCAGUAAAUCACUUAAAAGACAAAAAUAAUCAGCUGCUCCCCCCAGCAGGCUGGGUCUGCUGGGAAGUGUUUAUGGCCUUGAAGAAUCCAAGCAAUCCAUCACUCCUGCAGCACUCUGGUAGCCGAGCUACAGAUGUUGGCUAUCCCCUUCACUGGCCCCUUCACCCUCCUGGUGGCCUUUGUGGUUGCCCUGUGCUCAAAACAAAAAAAUAUCUGUUCUUCCUGCCUGAUGAAUGAUAAAAGAGGAGCCUGCCCCCGCUCCUGCAGAGGAACCAACCCGGGCAGAAGGCCUGUCCACCUGCACCUGGUCUGAGCUGCAUCUCCCCAGCCUUGCCUUGCUCUGCCUGCACCCAUCUCAGCAGGAGCUUGGUGCUGGGCUGAGGGAUCGGGGUCUUUUCUUUGAGAGUCUGAAUGCCCUGUUCUGCCAACCUGGGAUGGUACAGGUGAAGUGUCAAGGAAGAGCAGGGUAACAGCCUCCUGAGGCAAAAAGAAGUGGUGUGGAGAGGUGGCAGUGAGAAGAAAUGGAGGCUCAGCUCUCUGCAGAUCUCACAUUGAAUUAAAAACCUGGGGUAGGGCCCAUGCUGCUGAAUAAACCAUGCCCAGUGCUCUGGCCCUCCCAUGAGAGCCUCUACCAAGAAACUGCUACACAAAUGCAGCCCUCAUCACCCUUUCAUCACACAGAGGUUUCAGUUUCCGGCUCCUAGUUUCACCAGAUGGCCUCACCACAUAGGCUGGUGCUUCAGGCUCUGGAACAGGCAUAGGUGGUGAUGUCCCAGCACAUCCUAUUACUCAGCCUGCUGGCAGCUGAAAAUCAAACUCAGGAGGACUCUCCCAAGAGGAGAACAGAUGGCAAUGCAGGCUGUGCAGCUGCUCCCAAGAGGGAUAUUUACCCUCUGAAGCUGCUGCAAAGAGAGGUGCCAUAGCCACAGCUCUCUGCUGCCUCCCUGCCACAAGGACAACUACUCAAGUGCUGGCGGUCAGAGUUCUUUUGCACCCUGAGUAUACAUGGACAAAAGCUAUACGAACGUUUGGUAACAGAGACCUAUGCUGCCUCCCUCAUUGCACUAUGUCUUUAUUUCUGCAGCCAGAGAAAAGACAAGAGUAGAAAAAGCCACAGAUGUAAUUCUGAAGCAGCUCAGGCCUGAGUUUCUUCUCCCCUAUCACACAAGUGCAGUCUGUGGGAAGGUUAUCUGCCUUUUUUACAGGCCUCCACUCAUGCAGCUACUGAGGCUGUAAUGAAAGGCCUGUCAUGGUAGGGGCCAUGGCAGAAAACUGUGUUUUUAUUUAAUACUAAGAAAGUUUUUGACUUGCCACAGACUGAAGGGGACUUCCACAGUUACCUUGCAUUAGCUGGGGAAGCCCAGGAAGAGAGAGAUAUGCACUGUCCAGAUGUUAUAGUUAAGUCAUUAUUCACUUUUAGUUAUUGAAGUAUGCAUAACAAGUGAUGGCACUGGUAUUAAAAUUCCCCUGAAACUCAUUUCCUUGGGAUAUAUAACAAAAAUUGUCUAGCUGAAUGGUGGGAAUGUCUCCAGAAGGUGCUGGGAUUGUUCUGGGGAAGAAAAGUGCCCAGCCAACAGCUGGUUCUGCAGGAUGCUGGGGGUGGAAAAGUUUGUAACCCCUCCUACACCAUCACCACGCUGGUUUCUGACCUAUAAUUCAACUGUUUCAUCAGAUUAUUUUAGAUCUGUUAUCUCUAGCAAAUAAAACUCAGAGACGAGCUAUCUCCUCCCGGUGAUUAAGUAAUGACCAUGAUUGAUUUUCUGGCUAAUGAUUAUCCCAGAUCUUUGGUCUCCUGCAGGCCUUGAAAUCUGCCUCCUUAGGCUGCCAGCCUGCUGGGAGCAGGGUGGGGGCCAUGCCUGGUGAGGAACAUGGAGCAGGUGGCAGCAAAUGUGGUGCCAGAAAGGUGGGGCUGGGCCCCAGACCAUACAGAGACAAAGCAGCAAGGCUGGGACGUGGGGCUGGAAGUGCUGGGCUUCAUGUGCAGCCUCCUGCCAUCGCUGCCUUCCCCAGCAGCCCACAUAAGUAAAGUUAUUGCCUUCCUCACUUCCCUUGACUUCUGCAGUUCCUGAAAA